AUGUCAAGCCUACUCCGCUUGUCCCUGUUCAUCCCGCUGCUCUCGGUCCUGCUGUACAACCAGUCGCCCCAGCUCCUCAAACUGGCCGGGCGCGUCGAGAUCGACAAGACCCGACUCGUGCGCUGGGAGAACAGCUCGGCGCUCAACAACCACGACUGCCAGAUCAUCCGGGCCGCCAAUGCGUGUGAAGACGUCAAGAUCCAUUUCCCGUCCCGCACGGCCUUCCUGUCGUGCGGAGAUCCCGUCGAGAGGACCCAUUGGUACCCCUGCGCCGGCGUGCGGACCGUGUCGCGUCGCGCCGAGUCCUCGUUUCGCGAGCAGCUGUUCAAGCAUGACCUGGACACCGGCACCACCACCGAGUUGCAGAUCAAGGGCCUAGAAGGCGACUUUAUCACGCACGGCAUCGACAUAUUUCCGCUCCCGGGAGAUCCUUCUCAGAUCCAUAUCUUUGCAGUCAACCAUGCUCGCAGUGGCGACUCGAUUGCCGUCUUCGCGCACACGCUCGGCUCCGACGUGGUCGAGCUGGUCAAGAACGUCAAGCAUCCCAAUAUCAAGACUGCCAACGGCGUCGCCGCAACGGGGCCUUUGGCCUUCUUUGUGACCAACGACCACUACUUCGCCGGUGGUCCCCUGCGAGCUAUGGAGGAGAUGUUGGGCCCCUGGAGCUGGGCGACCAAUGUCCAAUACUGCAACGCAGAAGACAACAUCGUCCUCUGCAGACAGGUAUCGGGCACCUUCCCAGGCGCCAACGGGCUCAGCCUGUGGAGAGAUCGACUGUUUGUCGGCGACUCGAAGAACGGCACCGUCACGGUAUUCGAGAUCCACGAGGACAAGAGCCUGGCUUAUUUGCAGACGGUGGAUCUCGGAGCUGCCGCGGACAACAUCAACGUCGUUCCCAGCACAGGCGACCUGCUCGUCGCUGUCUUCCCCACGCUGGAAGACCUGCCCGCGUACCUGGCCAACGUCCGCUCGCUGGGCAAGGACUUCCUGGUGCCGGCCGCAGCGUUGCGCCUGCGUCGCGAAACUAACUAUACCCACCCGGAGCUGGUCUACUUUGACGACGGGUCGAAUCUCAGUUUCAUGACCGCGGCCCACGUCUUUGAGGAUAUGUUUGUGGGCGCCAGCGUGCUCCAGUUCGGCGGGGUUGCUGUCUGCAAGGCCUCGAGGGGGGCCUUUGCGUAG